AUGUCUCUUGAAAUCCCUCUAACGGUUGUUUACAAGGAGAUCAAUGGAAGCAGGAUCACAACCGACCUUUACCUUCCCACACACUCGCCCGAGCAGAAACACCCUGUUGGUGCGUUGUCUCAAACCCAACAACUGGAAUCUACCUUCACGAGACUAACAGACCCAGUCAUCAACAUCCAUGGCGGAGCUUUCAUGCUCGGUCAUUCACGAAUGGUAUCUCUCCCCCAAGUGGAAGACUGCCUUGACCGAGGCUGGAUAGUGGUUGUUCCAAACCACCGCCUCUGUCCAGGCGUGAACAUCCUUGAAGGUCCAAUGCAGGACAUUCGUGAUCUCCUCACUUGGAUCCAAGACGGCCAAUUAGAUAGCAUUCUCUCUACACACGGCUACCGCGCCGAUCUGGACAACAUUGCAGCAUUCGGAACGUCGUCCGGAGGACAUUUGGCCUUGAGCCUGGGCUUCGAUGUUCCCAAACCCGUCAAGGCAAUUCUCUCCCUUUACGGCGCUGUACACUUCACUGACGCGGCCUGGAGAACCCCACUCCCCCACGUGGCGAAGAAGCUUCCCCCGAAUCUGUCGGAGGAAUUCCUGAAAAAAAUCUAUGAAGAAUACCCCGUCCCAACAGAUAGCUCUGUCUCGCUGGAAGGUCAGACGGAGUCCGGGGUAAGCAAGGGGCCAGAUUUCUCGAAGCCGCGCGAUGCCUUUGCUUUCACGCAGAUCGCAUUGGGGAAUGUUAUUGAUACCAUCUAUCCCUCGAAAGAGGAUCCGGAGAUGAGGCGCAUUGAUCCGGUGCUGAAUGUGGAUAGCCAGUUCCCGCCUACUUAUAUUGUGCAUGGAAUGGCGGAUACGAUGGUUCCGAUUGGUCUUAGUCGGGUUUUGUUUGAGAAGUUGAAGGAAUGUGGUGUGAAGUGUGGGAUGACGGAGGUCCCGGAUGAAGAGCAUACUUUUGCGGCCAUGAUGAAGGUUGGCUCGAAGACUUGGUGGUUGCAGAGGGAAGGGUUUGAUUUUUGGAGGGAAUUAUUGGGAAGGGGUCUACGGUUUAGCUUCCAAGCUUGA